AAAACACGCGUUUUCAAGUUCGCCGGUUGCUUCGAUUUUGUUUGCGCUUCGAAUAAAGUGUUUUCUAUACGAUUCUUGAAUUUCUCGCAAAUUAUUACAAGCUCAACAACGCCAAAGUGGCGAGUUUUUUAAAAACAGUAGUGCUUUCUGUUAAAUUCUAGUGAAAAACAGAUUUUCGUUCGGUGAAAAGAAGAUAAAGACUUUACAACUCGUUUGCUAGCGAAGCAAGUAGUGAGUGCAUAAAAAUAAACGUAAACAAACCAGCGAAUAUUGCGCGAUGUCAUACGACAACGUUCAAAAUCUACUCCGGUCGAACCAGACCUUAACCUGGCGUUCUCCGCCCAAAUGCCCGAAGUGUCACCAAUUGUUCACUUCCAGCUAUGUAAAACAAGGCCAUUCGCGACGAGCUUUCAUACUAAAAUGUGACCAUCUAAUGUGCGAACGGUGCAUCGGUGACCAGCUGCACUGUCCGGGAUAUUCUCGGGCCGUAGUUUGCCGGAUCUGCAAUAUUCGCUCUAUUCUAGAUCCGAAGAUUCGGAUCCGAGAUCAACUACAGCACAGUUAUCAGAUGCUGGGCUUUCUGUACCAACGACAACAUGAGCUGUCUUAUUUGGCCAGCCACUCGACGGAAGAAUCUCCUGGUAGCGAAAAUACAACAGAAGUCGAAUACGACAAAGAGUGCUUCGAGUGCAAUGUAACUCGUACUCGCCACUACUGCCAAGAAUGUGACACGCCACUAUGUCGUGAUUGUUUCGAAAAGAUUCACCGUGUCGGAAAGAUUCUGUCAAAGCACAAGCUCUGCUCGCUGCUAGCUAAACGCUGGAUCCAGGACGAUAUCAGCAUUUGCGAUGAGCACAAAUUGACAACGGUAUUGUUCUGUACCACCUGUGAGAAGCAAGUUUGCAGCGGCUGCCGGACCGAGUCCCAUUCGCUGCACUUCUGCAUCGAUUUGGUCGACGUCAACCGGCAGUAUCAGCCACUGGUGGAUGAACUCAUCAAGGAUAUGCAGCAGGCGUACACAAUCAACCAGCAAGGAAAACAGAACCUUGAUCGUGUUAUCGAAAAACAGAAGGAGUAUACCGAUAAAGUUAUUACCGAAAUUACCGACUAUUUCUUCUCGCUCCACAACGUGCUACAAUCUGUAGAACAGGAAUUACUGUGCGCUGUGCGAGAACAGUUCGUUGAGUAUCACAAAGAAACUACGGUUAUUCAGAAGGAACUUAAUGCUUCCGGUCGAAACCUACAGCGUUCUAUCGAACAAUUCCAAACAUUCCAAGUGGCACUACCCCGACAAAUUCUUUUGUCAGAUCUAAUCAAGGACAUGAAAAAAAUGCUGCAUACUGCCCCAAUUACGGCUCAGAUUCAGGAGCCUUCUAGAAAUCCGUUCAAUUUUCGGGAAAAAGAACCUUUGCGUAAGGAGAUCCGAAACUAUUUUGGACUAACUUGCACCUCCGACAGUUACCGCUACAAAUAUCUUCCAUUUUACACACCGGAGCCCUUUCCUGUGCUGGAACCUAUGAACUCGCUAGAACCUAAAAAACCCUACGAAGCAGCAUCAUCUGCUUCAGGAAAUACAAAAUCUGAUCGCGUUAAUAAAAAAGGCUAUAAAUCCAAAACUCCGUCCGAGGGUAUUGGAAGCGAAUCAACCAAAAACAGAAGUAAUUCUGCUUCAAGAAGAUCUGAGGAAAUACAAACAGCAAGGGAUCAGCUUUCAAUGGGAUCCAGUGAAUCUGAACUGCGUCGAAUAAAAAAAAGUCAUUCUAAACGCAAGCAUAAAAAAUCUUCACGUCACGAAAAACAUACCAGCGAUUCGAGUGCACAUCAGUCUUCAACUACAACGGACAAGCAGAGAGCCCCUAGUCCGGAUGUGGUAUUCGUUUCAACCAUACCCAACCAAUCAGAUCCGCAGUGUUCUCAGCACGCUACUGACAGCCACAAAGAACAGCAACCUUUAGGAGUCGUGCAGUCUAAUCGUACUCUCGGAGGCCGCCUUGUUUCCUACGGUUCCACUAAUUCAACUCAAAGUAAUUCGAAUAAAUCACUUCCGGCAAUUAUGCCUGCAGAUGCAGCUCACGAAAUGGUUCGUAAACCGAUUUUGGAAAUAAAUCCAAUCAAUCCUGAUAACGCAACCUUCAUUAAGUACAGUCAGAAGGUUCAGGUCACUUGCGUGAUCAAUCCAAACAAGUUUUACGUGAUUACUAACCAAAAACAGUUCUCUAUUAUAAACGAAUUGUGUGAGAUUGAUUCUGAAAAAGUUGAGGAACCAGAAAAAAUAAAUAUCGGCUCAAUCUAUCUGGCGCAGCCGAUUUCCGAACGACGCUGGUACCGGGCAAAGAUUUUGAGCCGAGCCAAGCACGGAAAAAAGUAUGAAGUUUUAUUUGUUGACUUCGGCCGUACCGAUGAGAUUCCGAGGACGCACUUUCGUGAAAUGACUCAAAUUCUACACGACACCGAACUGUUGGCCUGCGAGUGCACCCUGUAUGAUUUGGUACCGGCGGAUGGUGGUUCCACGUGGAGCCCAGAGGCACGCCAGUUAAUGAUAGACGUUAUCGAGAACAAACAUAUGAUUAUGUAUGUUAUACAGAAUACAACGAGCUCCGAACCGCUACUCGUGGAUUUGAUCUCUCAAACCGUCGACAACCCAAAGUCACUGCGAAGUACACUAAUUUAUUUGAACGUCGCGAAAACGGAUCCAAAACCUCCAAAGCGGACAUCCGAUGCGCAGCUUCGAAUUCAUCAGUUGGAAAAUAGUCUACAAAAAUGGAACUCUGAGUACAAGCGAAAAAUCAACGCUCGUGAACUAGAGAAGGACGAUGUAUUCAAGGCUAAGCUGACGUGCUCUAUUUCACCAAGUGAGUUCUACAUUCGUAACAACGCAUGGCAAGAGCAGUUCGAUAAAAUGCAACAGCAGCUUGCUGAGUAUUGCAGCAAAGAGGCCAAAAUUGCCUAUUUGCCCCACGUUGGAAUGGUUUGCGCGUUCGCCGAACAAGAUCCUGAUGAUGUUGUGGUAUGGAAACGAGGGCGAAUAAUUAAGCUUGGUGAAGCACACUGUGAGGUUGCCUCCGUAGAUACUGGGCACCGUUUGCUUAUUGAAUGGCAAGACAUUCGAUACAUGCCCAAACAAUUCUGCUUGCAGCCUGAAUUUGCCGUUUGUUGCAAGCUCAUGCAUGUUAUGCCAUUUAAACAGCAUAACUAUCGUUGGACACAGGAAGCGAUAGCCGACUUCAACCGGCUAGCCAAAAGCAAUUCAGUGUUCCAGAUUAUUGUAGAUAGUCGUGAUUCUGAGCGCUUCUACGACGUUGCCCUGUACGUUGUUAAGAAACGUCAUGAUAUAUGCGUUAAUGGGUUGAUGGUGAAGAAUGGCUUCGCUGUUUCGACAGGGGCAGAGAGCAUCAUAGUUGAACGACCUAAGGAGACGCCUGUUGUCGAGGAUAAGACUGCUAUGGAUGGGGGAGAUACUGCCAGUGAGCGAACAGUCGCUACUAAAAGCUCUGCUUCAGAAAAACGAAAAGCAAGAGUUCGCGUAGAACUUUUACGGGUUGUUUCUCCGGGAGAAUUCUACGUUAGUCUAGUCAAAAAUGCCAAUGGAAUUUCCCGAAUGCAGGAAGAGAUCCAAAACCGGAUGGACGAGAAAAUGGACGAAGGAGAUGACAAAACGGAGUGGAAAGUAGAUGAGCUCUGCUUGGUGUUUCCUACGAUGACAGCCGUGCCCACACCCGACAAUGAUGGAAUCGGCUGCGAAUGGUACCGAGCGCGUGUAAUAGAGGUUGUAGAUGACAGCAACUAUACGGUCUUCCUGAUCGAUCGAGCAUUCACCAUGAAUGCUCAUUACUCCAACAUGUGUACAAUUCCUGCCGAUUUAAAACAGAUCCAUCCAGCAGCGAUUCGUUGUUUCCUGGCGUGCAUCGGUCCGACGGGCAAUCAACCAACCUGGAGUUCAUCCGUAAUCGAUGCCUUUAAGGUGGCAAUCGAGAAGUUUCAUUGUUUCUCAAUCUCUUUACAUGGUAAAAGCGUGGAUGAUUCACUGCCGGUCAUUCUAUGGGGAAUGACAUCGGAAAAUACCACAGCACUCUCGCCGCUGCUAUUUCAGUAUACCAACAUCAAUAAUAACCUGGUACAGUACGGUUACGUGCAUCUAAAGGAGAAGUUCAUGGCACUGUCGUCGGCUACUUCAGUGGAAGAGGAGCUUCUACGCCAUUACCAAGCUUUCGAUAAGUUUGUUCAAUCUUUGGACACCGAAAUGGUGGAACCUGAUAUAGAACCCAGCUUCUCUGGAUCAUGUGACACCUAUCAGGACGAUAUCACUAAUGAACCGACUCCGAUCGAUCGGUGGCCACCGGCAAAACCUAUUGAUAAGAGUAUCUUUGUCGGUGUACCAACCUACGUGGAUAACAAUGGCGUAAUCUAUCUGCACGAUGUGGAAAAGGAACAGACCCUGUCGGCCCUGAAGAAGCUUAUCAAUGCGAAAUUUGAUGGCAGUAAACAGCUACCGAGCGACAAAUUCUAUGCCAGCGGUGAACCGUGCGUGGCAAAAUUUCACAUUGAUGAUCAGUUCUAUCGGGCCAUAGUUCGGAAGGCAAUUAGUCCAUGCCGGUAUAAGGUACAGUUUGUUGAUUAUGGCAACAUCGAGGAAUGUGACGUGGAAGACUUGCGAAAGAAUGUGAUAUGCGGACGCGUACCUAUUCUGGUUAAUAAGUACCGCUUGACUGACGUGGCUCCGGUUGAUCCGGAUGUCGUUUGGAAGACGGAAGUUUUGGAUACGCUACACUCUUUGAUUGUGGGCAAACAGUGUCAAGUGCGAGUCGACACAGAUAUGGAUUGCGAUGCGGCAGGGGUUAUUCCGUGCUAUUUGAAAGUGACCGGUGCCGUCUCCGUGGAUGUAUCCGAGUAUUUACUCGAACAAAAAAUGGUCAUCAAAAAGCACGGCAUAUUCGAAGAAAAAGUUGAUCAGCUUUUCGAUCCGUAUAUGAACUUAUUCGGCAGUAAGCGAGGGAAUUCACCGAAAGGAAUUCGAUUCAGAAUCGGUGCUAAUUUUGGAACGGAAGCUGUUAGCGACAGUGAAAGUGAUGCGGAAACACCUACAAAUUUUCGUGGCCGAUUCAGCAAAAAAGAAAUGAACGAUUUGCUCGACCACGUGACCGCGGAACAGUCGCGUUCUGCUGCGGCUGAUUUUGAUGAGGAGUUGGAUGAAGAAUCUGAGGAAAUCGGAAUCGAUCUGAAUAAGGUGCAGUAUUUCUUCAGCUUCGGUGAUGUAAAACUCGAGACGGGAUCAGAUUUGGAAGACGGUGAGGUUGCUGAUGACGAUAAACUGAACGAUGAGGCAGGCGGUGGAGCUGCGACCGAUGUUUCCUCGAAUGUUUCGUUUAAUCCUAUCGAAUUCGAUACAUCAACUCAAAUUGAUCCCCCAGUCGAGUUGACGCGGCCGACAUUGCACGGUUAUCCAAAGUUUGAGUUGGACAAAUCCAUUAAAGGAUUCUACUGCGAGGUUACUAACCUCAUAAGUCCUUUUAAUCUGUUUGUAUACCCUCAGCUGGAUGAUCACAUUCAACAGAUGAAAGAGAUGAUGGCCAAAAUUCAAUGUUACGUGAGAAAGCAGCGCAAAUGCUCGGAUAUCGAAGAAAAUAUGCCAUGUCUUGCGAUAUACAAGCAGGACAGUUUUUGGUAUCGUGGUCUCAUCGAAGAAUACUUCCCGGAUCAGGGAGAAGUGCGAGUUUUCUACGUCGAUUAUUUGAACAAGGAAACCAUCAGUGUACGGGAUAUACUGAAAUGUCCGGUCAGUUUACGGCGAGUACCAUUGCGAAAUGUGCAGGUGCAAUUGCACGCUCUUCGAGCAAAUCCAAGGAUGCGUGAAUCGGACAUUAUGAUGAAAUUGAUCGAAAUAAUCGAAGGUAAGCGAAUUUAUGCCAAAGUGACCAGCCACUCACCAACGCUCGAAGUGGAACUGUACACUGACUCGAAGUGUACGAAUCUAGUUUACCAUAAGAUGAUUAAGGAGAAGUAUUUCGUCGUGGCUGAAACGACACGACGCCGAGAUAAUUGAAGACAGCUAUUAAUGGAUCGGAACGACAAUUUGAAGAGAUAUUCCCGUUUUUAACAUCCAGCAGGAUUUUGUUAUUUUUGUUAUUUAAACAGACAGCGUGACAGCAUACUAGUACUCUAGAAUCUAAGUUCUUGAUAUGAAAGAAAUAAAU